AUGAACGUAAUUCCUCCCUUCCUCCCUACCUACCUCCCUUCCUCCCUCCCUACCUCCCUUCCUCCCUCCCUCCCUACCUACCUCCCUUCCUCCCUUCCUCCCUAUCUACCUCCCUCCCUAUCUACCUCCCUCCCUCCCUUCCUCCCUAUCUACCUCCCUCCCUCCCUAUCUACCUCCCUCCCUCCCUAUCUAUCUACCUCCCUCCCUCCCUUCCUCCCUAUCUACCUCCCUCCCUCCCUUCCUCCCUAUCUACCUCCCUCCCUCCCUUCCUCCCUAUCUACCUCCCUCCCUCCCUUCCUCCCUAUCUACCUCCCUCCCUCCCUUCCUCCCUAUCUACCUCCCUCCCUCCCUCCCUCCCUUCCUCCCUUCCUCCCUAUCUACCUCCCUCCCUUCCUCCCUAUCUACCUCCCUCCCUCCCUGCAUAUCUAUCUACCUCCCUCCCUCCCUUCCUCCCUACCUCCCUUCCUCCCUCCCUCCCUAUCUAUCUACCUCCCUCCCUCCCUGCCUAUCUAUCUACCUCCCUCCCUCCCUUCCUCCCUAUCUACCUCCCUCCCUCCCUUCCUCCCUAUCUACCUCCCUCCCUCCCUGCCUCCCUAUCUACCUCCCUCCCUCCCUAUCUACCUCCCUCCCUCCCUUCCUCCCUGCCUCCCUAUCUACCUCCCUCCCUCCCUAUCUACCUCCCUCCCUCCCUUCCUCCCUGCCUCCCUAUCUACCUCCCUCCCUCCCUAUCUACCUCCCUCCCUCCCUUCCUCUCUAUCUACCUCCCUCCCUCCCUUCCUCCCUAUCUACCUCCCUCCCUCCCUGCCUCCCUAUCUACCUCCCUCCCUCCCUUCCUCCCUAUCUACCUCCCUCCCUCCCUUCCUCCCUAUCUACCUCCCUCCCUUCCUUCCUAUCUACCUCCAUCCCUCCCUUCCUCCCUAUCUACCUCCCUCCCUCCCUGCAUAUCUAUCUACCUCCCUCCCUCCCUUCCUCCCUAUCUACCUCCCUCCCUCCCUUCCUCCCUAUCUACCUCCCUCCCUCCCUAUCUACCUCCCUUCCUCCCUAUCUACCUCCCUCCCUUCCUCCCUAUCUACCUCCUUCCCUCCCUGCCUACCUACCUCCCUUCCUCCCUCCCUCCCUACCUACCUAUCUACCUCCCUCCCUCCCUUCUCCCCUCCCUCCCUCCCUCCCUCCCUCCCUAUCUACUUCCCCCCUCCUUAUCUACCUCCCUCCCUUCCUCCCUACCUACCUCCCUUCCUCCCUCCCUAUCUACCUCCCUCCCUCCCUCCCUACCUCCCUCCCUCCCUGCAUAUCUAUCUACCUCCCUCCCUCCCUCCCUUCCUCCCUAUCUACCUCCUGGGCGGCACGGUGGCUGAGUGGAUAGCACUCUCGCCUCUCAGCAAGAAGGUUUCCUCCGGGUACUCCGGUUUCCCCUACCACUAA